AUGGAGAUUUUCCUGGGUCUCUGGAUCGCCAUCCUCAACCGCUCCCUGAACAUUGAGCUGGUCGUCUUCAUUGCCAUCUUUGCCGAUAUCGCCACCCUGGCCAUUGCCUACGACAACGCUCCUUACUCCCAGACUCCCGUCAAGUGGAACCUGCCCAAGCUCUGGGGUAUGUCCGUUCUUCUCGGCACCGUCCUUGCCAUCGGUACCUGGAUUGCCCUCACCACCAUGUACGCUGGUGGCCAGAACGGCGGUAUCGUCCAGAACUUUGGUAACAUUGAUGAGGUCGUCUUCCUUGAGAUCUCCCUGACUGAGAACUGGCUCAUCUUCAUUACCCGUGCCAACGGUCCCUUCUGGUCUUCCAUCCCCUCGUGGCAGCUCAGCGGUGCCAUCCUGGUCGUCGACAUCAUUGCUACCCUGUUCUGUGUCUUCGGUUGGUUCAUUGGCGAGGACACCAGCAUUGUCGCUGUUGUCCGUAUCUGGAUCUUCUCCUUCGGUAUCUUCGCCAUCAUGGGUGGUCUCUACUACUUCCUCCAGGGAAGCACUGGCUUCGACAACCUCAUGCACGGCAAGUCGCCCAAGCAGAACCAGAAGCAGCGAUCAUUGGAGGACUUUGUCGUUUCUCUGCAGCGUGUUUCCACCCAGCACGAAAAGUCUCAGUAA